AAUUAGUUGAGUGGAUUUCGGAGCAGUCGUUAACGUCCUAAUUAGGCAAUGUUGGAAGCGUCCAGUGGGGCGCACGGGGGUAGCGAAAUGCGUCCCAACUUGGGGGGGACUCGCUGCUCCGAGUACAAUUCAAGGUUGGAUUGUGUCCUUGGAUCUUCGGGAAAUUAACGGCACAAAUAACCAAACGCCGUCUCCACCCUCAACCCCACGUCCCAAUUGCUCCCCUGUCGGGAAAAAAUUCGCUGCCCGGUCUUUGCACCUCCGCCCGUACACGUAAACAAAUCCUUCAGCUGCUCGGGAGGGGAAACAUCGCAGAACCGGUCCAGCGCAAACAAACAAUUUCCCUGCACCUGUUACAUCACCCGCGGCACGUGGUUCCGGCCGACCUACCCCUCCGCGCCUGGGGAACGCACUACACGAAAAACAACAAACAAAACCGCCAAAACACUCGCCCCUAUUCGCGAAACACAUGUCAAAACAAACGACGCAAAACAGCUGAUUGUCAAGUUAGACGGAUCCUUACAUAACCUCAUUUGUUUUUUUCGAAUUGGAGCCUGAAUUGGAUUUUUAUUUGUUGGAAAUUAAAUAGAAUUUUGUGGCAUUUUUCAUAAGUGAUACACGUGGAUUGGGAAAAUUGCAAGGCGGAGAUGAUGGCGUCGCAGUUAUUUAGAAAUUGCUUGAAAUUGAAUAGAAAUCUCGCGAGAUUGUGUGUUGCCGGCAAACGAUGGGAUCCCAGGAAAGUGACUCCUGCGAGGAUUGGUCUUUACCGGAGAUACUGCAUUGCGGUGGAUGCCAAAGAUGACGAGGCAUUAAAAUUGGAUAAUGCAACUUUCGACCAAUUACGAAGAGAAAUUCAAAACAACGGCUUCAUAAAUCAUAAACUAUUCGAAAAACUUAUCGGCACAACAUCACCGAAGGACAUCAGCGACGAGGAGGCUGUACUCUUGAUAACGAGCUGCGCUCACUUCUUCCCAACUGCAUCUUACAUGGAAAAGAUCAAUCUAUUUCGAAAAACCUGGGAUCAACUCAAAAAAGAUAUCAAACUCAACAGAAAGCACUACCUCUGCGCCCUUGAAGUAUUUCGUGCAAACAAAUUUCCCUUUGCUGAGUACCAAAUGAUGCUGAAGGACUUAGCGUUGGAAAUGGACCAGGAAAUGUUUGAAGGACUCAUUGGACUGGCAUGCGAGCAUGGGGAUAUGGACGAAGCGACAACGAUCUUGGCUAUAAUGAAGGAGAAGAAUUACCCAAUAACUGAGAAUGUUUUCAAUUCGUUAAUUUUGGGAUAUUCACGAUCAGGUGAUGUUAGGAAUUGUGACAAUGUAGUGGCUACCAUGGUUGCUGCAGAUAUGGAGCCAAGUCACAAGACUUACACAGAACUUAUCAAAGCAUAUGUGGAAAAUCAUGAAUCUGAUAAAGCGAUUCAGUUGUUGAAAGAGCAUAAAGGUACCCUUAAAAUCGAUGGACUUGUAGGGAUCAUGAAAACUGCCGCCUUACAUGAAAGUGCUGAUGUAGUGAAGGAAGUUAUAACCAUGCUUCCUUCCGAAAUGGUGGACGUGUUGGAAGUUCCCGAUCAAAUCCGUGUGAUUUGUACGGAGCUCGUGUUUGGAGGAAAGGUAGACAGUGCUUUUCUUGUAGUGAAUCAUUUCCCGACCCCGAAGUUUAGUGAGAAUCAAGACACGGAUAAAUUUGGAAAAUCCUUGAUAAGUGAUUUGAUCCGAACACGUCAGACUCCUGCGAAAACGAUAGAAAUAUGUAAAAAGUUGAUCGAAUCCGGAAAAAAUCAGCGCGCUUUGCAUGUUGCUUCCGAAAUAGCCCUUCGUCGAGAUCCUGAAAUGGGCUUGGAGUAUUUAAAAGCAUUGGGAGAAGUUGAAGAGCUUCGACCUCAUUACUUUUGGCCUUUGAUUCUCUAUCGUGCUGGGCAACAGGGGGAGGUUGGCGUGAUUAAUGUACUCAAAGAAAUGGCAAAGUUGAAUGUCGAGAUUGAUUACGAAACUAUGUCUUCAUACGUAUUUCCCAGAACCUCGGUUACUUGCAAGAAUGUAAAGAAUGCAAUUACCACCUUGGAAGAUGCGGGCUUGAAAACAUCACAAAUCUUGACACCGUUUAUUGCCUAUUUACUACUCCAACAAAGGUUCGAAGAUAUUGGGUGGAUCCUGCAAACUUAUCACUCGAAAAUCGAAACGGACAUGUUGAUAAAAUCGUUGAUAAACGUUGCCUCGAAUCUGCGCGUCGCGAAAAAUUCGGGUCAAUUUUCCAAAGUCAUUGCAAUGCUUCAGGCAAAGUCCUCAAACCCGAAAGCCGACCUGCCUGGAGAGGUUCUCUUGGAAAUUAUCGGAAACAAUCGAAGAAUUUCGAACCCAGAAGUGGUUACUAAUUUAGUGAACGAGUUCAAAAUGGCUGGAGUGAAAAUGUCCUUCGAGGCAGCUGAUUCGUUGAAGACAUUCCUUGGGAGUUCCAAAAAGGAUGAUAAUAAUCUGAAAGGAAUGGUCACCAAAGGAUUAAAUCUACGUCAGUCGGAAAAGCUUGGUACACAUCCUCGUGAUAUGUCGUUAGAAGAAUUGGAAUAUCAUUUGAUCGAGUUGGAAAACAAGGGUAUGAACACGCGGGGAGUUUUACGACGAACAUUGCAGUUGGCUGUUCGCGAAGGGAAGUACCAGCGGGCGCAGGAGAUUCAUAAGAAAUGUUUGGAUCUGAAUGUGCAGAGGAGUCCAGGAAUGAUUGCGUCGGUUUUCGAAAUGAAUGUCAAGUUGGGUAAUAUGGAGGGGGCAACGAACACAAUUCAGGAGUUGAAGAAGGCGUAUCCAGGUUUUCAGCUUGAUGAACACAAAGUCAUUGAUUAUGCCACCCUCCUUGUGAAAAACGGCAAAAUCAAAGAUGCCAAAGCCAUAUUAAAGCAAAGAGCUUCCGCCACAAAAAUCAUGGGCGGAGAAUAUGUCAGUAAAAACGUCUGGGAGCUACUAAACGCAUGUGCCCACUAUGCAGCACAAUCGGAUCCAAAGAAUGACCGAAAUCUGACCAGAGACCUCCUAGAAUACUUAAACACUUUGGGCUAUUGUGCAUUCAGCAAUGUCCAUUUAGGCACAAUCAUCAGAGAGUAUCUACUCAAAAAAGAUAUUUUCAAAGCCGUGACUGAAUUCCGGAGAAUAGCAAAUCAAUACCGGAAAACCCCACUGCAAUUGGAGUUGAUGAGUGAACUAGUCCGACUGAGCUCUGCACCUGGCAACGAGCACUAUCACUCUCUACUGCAAGAAGUUGUUCGUGAAGCGACGAAAAUCCACGGAGCCUUGAAUACCAACAUAAAUCUCAUCCUGGCCAUCGCUGAAUCAGGGACACAGAGUCAACUGCGGAAGCUCCUUAUCGACCCUCAGUUCAAAUUCAAUGAGGACAACCUGAUGCGGAAUUGCGAACAUCUUAGCGGUGCCGGAAAGAUAAAUGUUUUGCUGAAGUUGGCGAAAGCAACUCGUGGUUUAGGGCAUAUUAUCAAGGAGCAGGACUUGUACAAUAUUUUGCUGAAUACUUUUGUUAGAGAGAAUAAUCAUGCGUCGGCCAUUGAAUUGUUUGAUAGAUUAGAAGCAGAUGAUGAUUUUAAAAUAUCGCAGGACUUUGUUAGGAGCUUAGUGGACUUGUUGAAACGGAAUAAUUUGCAGAUUCCAAGUAAUGUUGCUUUGCGAGCUCAAGUGAUGUAGGUAUAAGUUAGUUGCUGUAAUCGCUGUCGGACUAGUGCUAUUUGUUUCUAGAAAAUUAUAAAUUUUUAAUAAUUUAAUGUAUUUUUGUAAAUAUACAAAUUAGUUGGAAAGUA